GAUGUAGAGGCUUGUGGCUUUACACCUUGCGUCGAUGAUAAUUACAAAACUUCGUGUUGCCACGAUUAGCUCAUUGCAUUUUCCUAUGAAAAAUCCAGGAGGCUCCGGUCUCCAUUCUCCAACAGGCAACAGCUAACCAACCCAACCACCCACCCAACAACCCAGCUGGCUCAGUCACCUUCUCUUCUCCGCCAACUCUCCAACCACCGUGCCACGUCAGCACCCGGUGUCUCCGGUUUUUUUUUUUUUUGGAGACAAAUUUUGCUUUUGGAUUAAGUGAUAUAUGGAAACUCCUCCGCUUCAACGAUCUCCAAAACCUACGGUUUCGGAGCAAAUGGAGGCGGUGCACCCCACGGUGGCCGAAGAAGACCCGUCCUCUUCUCUCUGGGACUUCGGUGACCUCCUUGACUUCAACGUAGAUGAGCACUUUUCCAUCUCCCUGGACCACGAUCACCACCACGACCCGCCGCCGUUCUCUCCUGAGGUUCUUGAACUUCCGCCAGAGGAUCCAGAUGAUUCGACUAAUAGUCGUAUCCGAAAACGUGAUCCGAGGCUGAUAUGCUCCAAUUUCUUGGCGGGUCGGGUCCCCUGCGCGUGCCCGGAAUUGGACGAAAAGAUGGAGAUGGAAGAGAGCGCGCCCGGGAAGAAGCGGGUCCGGACGGCGCGGACAUCGACCCGGACCCCUCGGGCUGCGGCUAGGUGCCAGGUCCCCGGGUGCGAGGCCGAUAUUAGCGAGCUCAAAGGGUAUCACCGCAGGCAUAGGGUUUGCCUGCGGUGCGCCCAUGCGAGCUCGGUUGUGCUUGAUGGAGACGCUAAGAGAUAUUGCCAGCAGUGCGGCAAGUUUCACAUCUUAUCAGAUUUUGAUGAAGGUAAACGCAGUUGUCGAAGAAAAUUAGAGCGCCACAACAAUAGACGGCGAAGGAAGCCUGGUGAUUCUAAAGUUGCAGUGGAAAAUGAACCUCAAGGGCUCAUGCAGACUGAAGAUGUCCCUUGUGAUGUUGUCUAUGAUGUAGAUGGUCUAUACUGGAGCAGCCCAAUAGCUGAAACGGAAGCAGCCUUGGAGUCUGAAGAUGGACAAGUAACCACUCUUGGCUCGGCUCUUGAUUUCCAGAACAUCCCUACUGAUACCGUUGCAUCUUUUGUGGCUUCCGGCGAAACCCAAACGCAAGGGGGGAAAGAUAAUACCAAAUGUUCACCAUCUCCAUUGUACUAUGACAAUAAGACGCCUUACUCAUCUCUGUGUCCAACAGGUCGGAUCUCAUUUAAGCUUUAUGAUUGGAAUCCAGCAGAAUUCCCCAGAAGACUGCGGCACCAAAUAUUCCAAUGGCUGUCCAGUAUGCCUGUCGAGUUGGAGGGUUAUAUUCGCCCUGGAUGUACGAUAUUAACUUUCUUUGUUGCAAUGCCAAAAUUUAUGUGGGUGAAGUUAUCUGAAGAUCCCAUAUCAUAUCUCCAUGACUUUGUUGUUGCCCCCGGAAGGAUGCUAUCUGGAAGAGGAACUAUACUUGUUUUUAUCAAUGACAUGAUUUUUCAGGUUAUGAAAGGUAGACCUUAUGUGAUGAAAGUUGAGGUGGAGGUGAAAGUGCCAAGGCUUCACUAUGUUCAUCCUAUAUGUUUUGAGGCUGGAAAGCCCCUGCAGUUUGUCACUUGUGGAAGUAAUUUACUACAAUCUAAAUUGCGGUUUCUUGUAUCUUUUGCCGGAAAGUAUCUUACAGAUGAUUAUUGUGUGGCACCUCUCCAUGGUCAGACUGGGGAUUCUGCUUCUAGUUGUAACCACCAGUUAUACAAGAUACACGUUCCCCAAACUGAACCAGAUCUCUUUGGUCCUGCCUUUGUUGAGGUUGAGAAUGAGUCUGGCUUGUCGAACUUCAUUCCAAUACUCAUUGGGGACAAAGAAACUUGUGCUGAAAUGGAGAUAUUACAGCAGAGGUUUGAUGCUUCUCUUUUCCUGAAAGGAUCAGAGAUUGCGGCUAUUGGCCCUCUGACUGACUUGUGUGAUUUUUCUGCAUUGAGACAGUCGACAUUUGCCGAAUUUCUUUUAGAUAUAGCAUGGUUACUUAAGGAUCCUGCAUCAGAAAACUUUCAAAAGCCUAUCACUGCUUCACAGAUUCAAAGAUUUAAUAAUAUUUUGAGCUUUCUGAUAUGUAAUGACUCUACUACGAUUUUGGAGAAACUGUUGAAGAAACUGAAGAUUGUGUUAAAUAACUUGAAAUUUGACAGCAUAGUUAAUGGCACCUUUGAUGCUGAUUUGAGCUUACUAAAAAAGUACACUGACAAUGCGAGAGAGAUUCUUCGUAAAAAACAUAAGAAAAGGGAAAGUUCAGUGCUGCAAUCAGGAUCUGUACCAAAAGGGAAUUCUAUUUCUCAAAGUGCUUCCGAAGAUAAUGCACUCUCGGUCAAUGGCCAGGAUACAGAGAUAAUAGCAAAUGCUAAGGUGGGAGCACUGACAUGCUCAGCUUCUAGUGGUAGAAGUGAAACUGUUCCCCUGUUGAAUAGAGAGGUUGUCAUGAAUGUUAAACAUUUAAAGGAAUGGCCAAGAAAGUCAUGCAGUCACAUUGGUUCUGGGACAGUCUUCCGCUCUCGCCCUAGUAUAUUCAUAAUUUCAUUUGCCGCUGUUUGUUUAGGGAUAUGUGCUGUUCUCCUCCAUCCUCACAAGGUUGGACAAUUUGCUGUAUCUAUGCGGAGGUGUUUGCUGGACAGAAUCUAGACAAAUAGUGGAUGACAAAGGAAGUCUUUGAGCCAAAACACCCGGUUGUUCAUCUGUAAGUAUCCAUUGUAUACUAACAGUAGAUUCAGAAAAGCUGUUAGUUAAAACCUUUGGCUUGUGGCUGUGCUCCUUGCGGGGAAAGCUUGAUAUUGGAGUGUUAAUUGCGACUGCUGCAUCGAUCAGAUAAAUGCAGCUUCACUUGCAAGGGCGGGCCAAGGUGGGGGAGACAGUAAGGUCAUCAAUCACCAUUGAAAUUCAAAGAAUGUUUGGGAGUAAUAUUAACAUGUAUGUAUGUAUGUACUAGGUUUCAACACUUUCUAGAUCAAUUUUUUGUUACUGCAAUUUUGGGUAGUUUUGGUAUCCAUGAUUCUGUACUCUGUUGUGUUUGUAAUGUUAAAAAGCUGUUCCCUAUAGAUUCAUAGACUACUUGUAGUCGAGUUGUAGUAAAAUAUAAAAGAGUUAAGAUUUGCCAAAACGGAUGUUAGGGCGAUCUCU